ACAACCUUUCCAGCUGAUGAUACGCAGUAGGAAAUUAAUUUUACUCAUCGACUAUUUUGCACUGCUUCGACUUAGUUGAGGUUGAUAGGCCGAAAUGAAUGCAAUCAUUGCAUUGUGCCAUUUUUGCGAAAUACACGGUCCUGGUGCAAUACUAUGUACUCAAACGCUUCGGGAGACAAACAUCGAACAGCUGGACAUCAGUUUCGAUACCGACCGGAAAGGUUGUGUAGCCUGUAAUUCGGUGGGAAAUAAUAUCGGUCUUGUGAGCCGCGAUCCGGAAAGCAAUGCCAACUUUGUCAGCAGCCAGAUGCCGGUGCUUAUGGAAACGGUUUCGCUCGUUAAGACGGCAGCCUUUCGCAGCCUCAGCUCGGAAGUAAGCUGCACGACAACGGAGGGAGGGUUUGUCUUUUUCGGCGACGCAAAGCAUGGCCAUGUGCUGAGCCACACAUUUUAUCUGAUUGACUCAGAAGCUCGUGGCUUUCAGAAGCGGUUCUCUAUCGUUAUCAUUAUGAAAGAUAAAAUGUUUUUGCUCAACACACAACCUUUCCUAGCCGACUGCAUGUCGAAGGUGUCGAAAGAGCUGCAAGACUUUGCCAAGCUGGUCCAUGAGGAUGAUCUUCGGAGGCAGGGUUUGGACCGUGCGCAACGCAUUAAUAAGUGUUAUGGUACUGGUUCGACCAACAACGCCGCCAAUAUAACUGCAAAUCGGUCGCUUAUUGAAUUGACAGGAAAAGAAUCAAUUUACGCAUACGUUCAUGCCCAUUUCUCUUUCAUCCUGUGGGCCGGAGCGCGAUAUCUGACCGAAAAUUUUACCUUGGGCUGUCCUUCCACUCCGGUCUGGUUGGGUAAAGAAACGGAAGAAGGCUUUGCGCUGGUACAGUCGGAUAAGGAAGGCUACCAGAUGCGUCGUCACGGCAUCGGGAAUGGUGAUCGGAGCUUCGAGCAGAUAGAUGAAUGCACACGUGCCAAAUAUUCGUUGCGGAUGUUCCGAACCGUUCUGAAGUCACACUUUCUGUCGGUUUGCUACUGCGCGCUCACGGGGAUUCAGAUAGUAAUUCGCGGUACCCCUAUCAAGGGGUACUGCCUGGUGGCCAACCUUAAAAAGUUUCUUCCGGAAGCGCUGCAUAAGCUAGCCCGUGCUCAUGCGGAAACGUACACUUCGGCAAAUGAGUUUCGUAUCAUCAACUUGAAGCAGGAAGCUAUUGCGCCACAUUCUUCCAGUAGCAUCAUGCGGGUCGACCUGGUAGACGACUACGAUAGAGACACAGUUGCAGUUUGUGCCUGGGACGGUGAACUGCCUAGCAAACUUCCUAGCCUGCUGCAAAAAAUCAUGAAAGCGAUGGAUGAAGAACUCUUUAACGAUGAGGCAUUGGAUAAACAUUUACGAUUGUUAAUAGAAGAAUGGAAGAACAAAGUGGUUUGCAUACGCAAAGUGAGCUCAAACCAGGAUGUAGUGAAAAUUAAAAAGAUACUGGGCAUUCAACCACAGGACCAGGUGCUGAUAAACUACUGGUACAAUCAUUUGUAGCGAAAAUUUCGCUGUCCUUGGGACAGCAAAUCUUGUUCUAUGCCAUACCAAGCAAUAAAAAGGAUUUGUUUGAAAUGUAACAC